UGUUUUUCAGGAAAACUACAAUGUUGAAGCAUUUUGUUGGGACAGCGAAAGAGCAGUUUUUUUAUCACAAUACUUUACUUUGUCUGGUAAAAGCACUUGAGGGGCAAAACAUAACAGUAGAUUUGCGACAUGACAGCCAUGUCUGUGGAGAGGUCAUCUUAGUUGAUGGGUACAUGAACAUUUCUUUUGGAACAGCAGUUUUCGUUGACUCUAAAGGCAAUGAGUUCGUCUACGAUAAUCUGUUCAUACAGGGACGCAAUAUCAGAUACGUCCACAUUCCCGAAAAUAUGGCGGCAAGGGAUACUAUUAAAACGGAAUUAUUAAAAGUUGCCCCAAAACCUAGAAAUCAAAAUGAGCAAGUACGAAAAUCUAGAAAAGCCAAGAAAGCGCUCAAGCUUCACAUGGAAACCGUGGCCAGACUGCAAGACACUAAGGACUGCUGAUCAGUCAUCUUUAGAUAG